AUGUUCCUCCAGGCUAGUAUGAUUUGGCAAGGAAAUAAUGCGCAUCUCCAGAUCGACCUUUCACAGGUUGUUCGCAAUUGGUCAGUCUUUGCAGCAUCCACCGCCGACGGCAGUAUACCGACAUGCCCAGUUGUCAUCGAAGAACAGGAGAUGCAGAGAAGGGAAAACCUCAGAAUUUCGCUCAAGGAGGGUGAUGUGUUUAGGAAAAACAUGUCGGAGAUGAUGGGCGUUUUACCUGACGGAUCUAUAUCGCACGAAAACUUCUAUGUGGCGAAAGAAAGGGAGAGUAUGAUCAGGGAAGGUGUUGGAACUAAACUCAAAGAUGAUCUAUUGGAAGCGGAGAGAGUGCUCCUGGCUUGGCCUUUUCAUGACUUUGACGAAGAUGAGUAG